AUGAUCAGGGCGUCGUCGAUACUUAAAAAUUGUAACUAUAGGUACAUACAUUCCAUUCAUAGAUGUUUACUGAAUGAAUCCAGUUCAAAGGAUGGCAAAACCAACAAUACAGAAGGAGCUUCAGCAGGAAAAGCGUUUGAGGAAGCUCUUGAGGAGGAACGUAGAGUGUUCGGUGAAUCGUUCGAAGCUGGAGCAAGGGUUGAAAGCAUGCGACACACUAAUGCUAGCAAGAUAAUUGACAAGUAUUACAACGGGCUCAGUGAGGAUUCUAAGGGGACUAGAUUCAAGAAAGAAAAAAUUGUUUUUGAUCAUAGUCAAAGAGCUCAAAGGAAGCUUCCAAAUAAAGAUCAUGAAUUUUUGAAAGAAACUGCAGGCAGCGAUUACGUGUACCAGGGAACCAAUCCUUCUGCUGUUAGCGCUAAAACCAUAAGUGAGCAAACAAGAACUUUAUUGGAGAAGAUAUUCGAUGAAGAUAAUGACGUUAACAAAAAGGAUCGGGAAUCAAAAAAUCAUGAUCAGUACAAAGACUUUGCCACUGGAGUGAAUCUGGCAUUUGAAGAGCCAAUCCCACACUUAAAUUUGAAGUUUAGCGAGGAAGUGAUGCAAGAAAUUGGUAAUAGGAUCCGUUACCAAGCUACAUUAGACCAGGUUUUGAAACCCCACACCGAUUACUUGAAGGAAACUGUUCAAAGUGAUUAUGAUCUUUUGGAAUAUUUAAAACGGUUGUUGGAAGCAUAUAAAAAAAGAGACAAAAAUUUGGAAAUAAAGAUGAAUUCAGAGUCUUCAAACAUAUUCGAGGAUAUUAGAGAUGCUUGUAUAAGUAAACCGAACGAGCUACCAAAACCAUAUACAAUUACUUUGCCAUAUGUUAUAUUGAAAUCGCUUACAUCAAGUGAUUUUGGUUUUCCAUCAGAUAGAAAAUACAUGUUGAUAUCUUAUGUUUAUAAUGAAUGCAAGAAUAGUAUGGAUGUGUCUUUAUACUUGACCAUUUGUAAUGUUGACUUCUACAAUUUACUGAUGCAACUGUUGUGGGAAAACUUCCAGGAAGUUCGUUAUUUAAAACGUGUGGUCACUGAGAUGAGCGUAAAUGGUGUCAUCGGGAAUAUCGAAACGGUGGAUAUACUUGAUAAAAUCGUCAAAGAAAUGAGAAACCUAAAUGAAGAUGUAUUUUUGGAAGCAGAAGCUGAGUAUGAUACAGUUGAGGGCACUAUAUCAAAAGACAACCAAAUUGUAAAUGUGGGCGUAUUAUGGAAUAAAGACACGAAUAGUGAUUUACUAAAUAUCGAAAACUAUCUGAAAAGUCUCAAAAAAAACUUAACUAGAGAUAGGUAG